AACAACCUUUUUCAUUCAAAGCAAGUCAAUGUUGAAUUUCACAAGUACAAACGUAAGUACUCCCUUCCCACGUGCACAGUGCCACGUGACAUAAACGUAUAUGACGCCUGCAUUGCUGUCGAAACUCUUCUCACAGGCACGGUUUCGAAACUGACACCGACGCAAACGUCAGCGUUCAGUGAGUUUCCGACGUCAAUGGUGAAAACCCUGAAACCCUAAUCAUAAAACCCCUUCCAACAAAGUUUCCACCGGCUUCUUCACUAACCAUGGACUUCGAUCACCACCUAACGGAGCUUUCCGCUUCUUCGCCAUGCAUUCCCUCUGGCGAGGACUUCCAUUUCUACUACAAAUUCACGGAGUUCCGACGCCCGAUAGAAGAAAUCGCGCGGAGGACACAGUCGAUGCUCAACAGAAUUGGUUCGGCAGAGAAUAUUUGGGGCAGAGGCUCGGCAUUUCCCGCUGACGUGGACGACGCGUACGAGUGGCUUGUGAAUGCGAACGACGAUGUUUUCGAGCUGGUUGAUGAGUUGGUGGACGAGUUGCGGAGGAUUAUGAAGGAGGAGGGAGUGGAAUUUGAAAACGAGUUGGAGGAGAAGACAAAAGUGCCGUUUCAUAUACCGACGAUCAAGAAGCCUCAGUAUGCGUAUAAUAUUGUUGUUGAUAAUGCAAACCAGCCUUUUGAGCAUGUUUUGUUGGAGAAAAGUGAAGAUGGUCAGCGGUUUAUUCAUCCACUGGAGAAAUUCUCUGUUUUGGAUUUUGUUGAUAAAGAAAAUAUUGAGGAUAUUUUGCCAAUAAAGCCUCUGUCAAUAGAAUGCACCCCUUUCAAGCUUGUAGAGGAAGUCAAAGGAUUGAAGGAGUUGGCUGCUACGCUGUCUACAGUUAAUGAAUUUGCGGUGGAUUUGGAACAUAAUCAUUAUCGGUCAUUCCAAGGUUUGACUUGCUUAAUGCAAAUCUCAACCAGGACCGAAGAUUUUGUUAUAGACACUUUGAAGGUUCGUAAUCAUGUUGGACCAUACCUGAGGGAAGUCUUCAAGGACCCUACCAAGAAGAAGGUCAUGCAUGGAGCUGAUCGUGAUAUUUUGUGGCUGCAACGGGAUUUUGGCAUUUAUGUCUGUAAUAUGUUUGAUACUGGCCAGGCUUCUAGAGUGUUAAAAAUGGAGAGAUACAGUUUGCAACAUCUUUUGCAACACUUCUGUGGGAUUACUGCAAACAAGGAGUUGACUAGUCAACUCCUUGCAGAUACCAGAAUGCAGAUUGGAGAUUACGCCCUCUUCCUGAUGUGAUGCUGAGGUGCAACUGUGUUUUAAACUUAUCACAUUGUUGAUUCUUCCCAUGGUUUAUGUUUUGACCUGCUUUUAGAUGUGUAUUAGUUUAAUUUAUUAUCCAAUAAUAAACAAAGGGUAUGCGAUCCAGGUUUUGGGGGACACAGAUCUAAUAAGUUAUCUUGUUCUCUGUACUCAGUUGGGGAUGAUCUGUAGUUGAUGUUAGACCGAGAGUUUGGAAUUUAUAUGAUCACGUUGACAUAAGUUUCAUUAUGAAGCUUUUCGUCAUUAGUUACUACCCACAAAACUCAAGGAUUCAGUGAGCUUAGUGACUCAGACAAGAGCACCAAUGAGCUAACUGUUGAUCUUUCUUUUUUUAAAAGAUGUGACUAGAAGUGUCAUGCACAUGGGAAUCACUUCCUAGAAAUUUUCCCUAUGAAUUUUCCUUAGAAGUACCUGGGUGCUUAGUAACAAGGGAAUAAUGGGAUGUGGAGAACAUGCAUUAGGAUUAUAAAUAUAUUCAAUGGACUAGGAGAUAUUUAGAAUUAUGUAAUCAUAAAGGGAUAAAACUCAUUUUCCAUACUAUGAAAUUAUGGGAAAGGCAAUUCAACAUAGAUCAAUAGAAAUGACUUUGAUUAUAGGGAAUCAACCUGGACAAAGUCGGGGACUCAUCUAGGUUCAACCUGCACAAAUGUCUAGCUAUCCCUUCUUGGGAGGUGCACUCCAAUACUGUGAAGUGUCCUGCAGCACAUGUCCUGAAGUCUGCUUGCUUGUCUAAUCUGUAGCACCCCUAAGUCCAAUUUCCACGUCGCAGCCUUGACUGUUCCAUCUAGAGUAGAGUGUCACAAAAUGGAUGUUAGAGGAAAAUUCAAACUGGACUUUGGAAACUCAAGCCGGUAACUGAAACUUGGCUAUUGGAAAUAUAUCAAUCCACCACUAAAGCAGAUAUAUUUUAUUGAUGUUUACUUUUUGUAAUUUAAUAUAAACCUGCUCAUGUGACUGUACUAUUAACUCACUGGUUUUAAACCAGUAUCUUGUCUGAUUUAAUAACUGGUCUGCUUUUAAAAAACUCGUAUUAAGUGUUAGUUGUUAAGAGAAGUGUUGUGGAAGUCUUUGGAAAGGGAACUUGUUUGUGAUUUCGUGUACAAGACUUGUAUAGAUGUGGUAACUACCUUGAGUUUUUACUUCA